AGACUCGGUCUACUUCCUUUCACUAAAAUCCAAUAUGGCGGAAACAGCCCGAUAAAUCUUUUGCUGGUUACUGUCGCAUUUCUUGUUUUUUUUUUAUCGGCCAAACGUCAAGACUAUGGUUUAUUUCGACUCAUGGGACGAGUUUUCGAAGGCUGCAGAGCAAUUGUAUCUGGCAGAACCGAACAAGUUUCGCUUUGUUCUCAAGUAUCGUCAUUGUGAUGGCAAGCUAGUUAUCAAAGGCACAGAUGACUCAGUGUGUUUAAAGUACAGAACUGAACAACAGCAAGAUCUGAAGAAAUUUGAGAAAUUGAACAGUGUACUCAUGAGACACAUGGUUGCCAAAUGAUGAACAAGGACAAUAUAGUUUUAUUAUGGAAAUGUGUGUCAACAUGGGGAUAUCAAUCUGGAUUAUAAGUUAGCUGGACAUAUGCAAGUGAACAGGAAGAAGAGACAAUGACCCAAAAUAUACAUUUAUACUUUCAAUGUGGAUCAAAUUCCAUGUUCAAGAAUCACUACAAAGUGAAGCCAAAAAAUGCUGUUAAUGUAUGAAUUUUAUCUGUACAUGCUAUAAAAUGUUAUGUUAUGUUAAUAUAUGUACUUUUAGCCUUUACAUGCUGUGUUUCGAGGAUUUUGUAUUCUUUUGUCAUAAGCUUUAAAUGAAAAUUCUUCUGAGUCAUAAGUUAUCAGAAGUCAGUAAAAUAAAUGAAGAAGUUAAUCGUAAACUAAAAAUCAUCUACAGCCGCUUAUUUAUUUGCACUAGGUUUGGCGAUUCGGCAAUGUUUUGAUCAUUCGAGCACUUGUGGAAGCACGGGUGGCCUAGUGUGUUAGCGCGUCGGCCUCUCACCGCUGUGGCCGAAUCUUGGCUCAAACUGUGGAUUUUUCCGGGUUCCUGCCUUGAUUCGAAUUUGUGUCACAAGUGAGUUGAAGUUAUUCUCCCGUGUUUCCAGUCUUCUCGGAUAAGGACACUAAACCGGAGGACCCGUCUCUUCCAGCAGCACUACACUUACCUGAACCGAAGGGGCGUAAAAGAACCACUGGGGACGCAAUAAACCCUCUGGCAGUGACCACCCCUAGUGACAGUGCUUACUAACCGAGGGCCAUAUGUUAGAAAACUGUAUAUUGGGUUAAAUAUGCUACCCUCGAUAAACAAAGAUUAAACUGAAACUGACAGGGUUCUCGGCAAAAUGUUGUUGUUUAGUCUGAACACGGAUUACACUAUUCUUUGAUAAUAUCUGCUUUUUUGGGCAGCGAGUAAGACGACCUUUAUAUGUUAAUGUUUAGCGGAAAAAGAGCAUUUGUUUAGUUCAAUAUUUCGUAUCUUUUCCGAACUUUCGGUCGAUGCUAGUUUUCCGUAAAUAUCUCGAAAUCUCGAUUUUGCUGUUAGCGAGCUUUUACUUAUCCGAGCGUUGCCUCGAGUUUCGUUAUUCUACAUUCCGAUCACACCACUCUACACUUCAAUCACUAUCCACACAAUAAACUGCACAACAAAGGAAAAUUUCACGCAGUGAGUGGACUCCACUCACUGGUUUUUCACGCAGUAAAAGUGCGUGGAUCGCACUCAGAACCCACGCUGGGAAAUGUUAAAAUACUUUCAGUCUGUACUAAACAACUGUAUAUACGGUUUUACUGGAAUUCCUCCUGGCCUCUUCAUCCCUGUUGUGCUUGCUCAUCAGGGGUGACUCUCCAUAACUUUUAAUGCUAAUGAGGAAGCAGGAAGGAUAAUGUACGGUAACAUUUCUGUAGAUCCCUCCUCUCUCCAUACUGACUGAUAGCUAUCCUGUGAAUGUAAACCUUUUCGUAAAGCCGCAUUGUCACCAGUUUACUUCCGGAGGUCCGACGGAAACCUCAACCGUUAAAAGACAAAAUAAUCUAUUAGAAUCCGACAUCCUCAAAGAAAAUUCCAAUUGACACACUGCUUUCAAUAUUUUGAAAUAUUUUUCGCGUCUUCCGUUAAAAAUCAUCGGAGAUUGUUACUUAAUCGACCGGAAGUAAACUGGUGACAAUGCGGCUAUAAGUUUGCAGUAAAACACGGCAUACAAACAGACAACAAACGCAGAAACACAAUAAUAAAUUAUUUUAUUAGUUGGAUAGAUACUUCCAAAAACAAUUAUAUUUACAGGUAAACAACAUUAGCAGUUUGUUUUAUAUUCAUAUAAUAAAUUAAAAUUUGUUAAACUUCGGUCUAAAUUUUCUUUUAUAUUUGAAAUGUUGUCACUAAUUAGAAACUGUACAAAAUUUAAGCGUACAAAUUCGAUUGUGAGACCUAGGCUUAUUGUUUAGUAGCAUGUACUGCACACUAUAAUAAAAUUAUUCAAUCAUA